AUGCACUUUUCUUUGAAGCAAUUGGCUAUAGCUGCAUUUUAUGCUACUAAUCUAGGUUCUGCCUAUGUCAUUCCUCAAUUCUUCCAGGAAGCCUUUCAACAAGAAGAACCACUUGAGAAUUAUCUCCCACAACUAAACGACGAUGAAAACUCUAUUGUUGAUGCUAACAUCCCUAAGCCACAUAUUCCUUACUUCAUGAAACCCCACGUGGAGAGUGAAAAAUUGCAGGAUAAAAUUAAGGUGGACGAUUUGAAUGCCACUGCUUGGGACCUCUAUCACCUGGCCAACUAUUCCACUCCAGAGUACGGCCACCCUACCCGUGUCAUUGGGUCCAAGGGUCAUAACAAGACAAUGGAGUACAUCUUGAAUGCCUUCGAUGACAUGCAAGACUACUAUGACGUCUCUUUGCAACAAUUUGACGCUCUAUCCGGUAAGAUAAUCUCUUUCAACCUUUCUGACGUUGAAACCGGCCAAAGCUUUGCUAACACUACGGCUUUCGCACUGUCUCCACCUGUGGACGGGUUUAUUGGUAAACUAGUGGAAAUCCCUAACCUGGGCUGUGAAGAGAAAGAUUACGCUUCUGUAGUCCCACCAGGCCGUAACGAAAAGCAAAUUGCUCUCAUUGAAAGAGGUAAAUGUCCCUUCGGUGACAAAAGUAACUUGGCCGGUAAGUUCGGUUUCACUGCUGUAGUCAUUUACGACAACGAACCUGAUUCUAAAGAGGGACUUCACGGUACUUUGGGCGAACCUACCAAGCAUACCGUUGCUACCGUCGGUGUCCCCCAUGAAGUCGGUAAAGAACUUAUUGCUAAUAUCGCAUUGAACAUCAAUUAUUCCUUGUAUUUUGCUAUGGACUCUUACGUGGAAUGGAUCAAGACCCAAAAUAUCAUUGCUGACACAAAGCACGGUGAUCCUGAUAAUAUUGUUGCCCUUGGUGCUCAUUCGGAUUCUGUUGAAGAGGGACCAGGCAUCAACGAUGAUGGUUCCGGUACCAUUUCACUAUUGAACGUCGCCAAGCAAUUGACUCAUUUUAAGAUCAAUAACAAGGUCCGUUUUGCAUGGUGGGCUGCCGAAGAAGAGGGUCUAUUAGGUUCCAACUUCUAUGCUUACAAUUUAACUAAAGAAGAAAACUCUAAGAUCAGAGUUUUUAUGGAUUACGACAUGAUGGCCUCUCCAAACUACGAAUAUGAAAUUUAUGAUGCAAACAACAAGGAAAACCCUAAGGGAUCCGAAGAGUUGAAAAACUUGUACAUAAAAUACUAUAAGGAUCACCAUUUGAACUACACUUUGGUUCCAUUUGACGGUAGAUCCGAUUAUGUCGGAUUUAUCAACAACGGCAUCCCAGCUGGUGGUAUUGCCACUGGUGCCGAAAAGAACAAUGUUGACAACGGAAAGGUUUUAGACAGAUGCUACCAUCAAUUGUGUGACGAUGUCUCUAACCUAUCUUGGGAAGCUUUCAUUACAAACACUAAGUUAAUCGCACACUCUGUGGCUACCUAUGCUGACUCGUUUAAGGGUUUCCCAAAAAGAGAAACUCACAAACACGAAGAGGUGGAUGCAUCGACAGUUCGACAACCACAAUUUAAGUACAGAGCUGACUUCUUGAUUAUUUAA